AUGCAUCGGACGAAUGCCACUUCAACGCCGUCGAUGGCUAACGGCUCAACACCAAUGCGAUAUGCAGCAAAUGUGGGCACACCUCAACAUGGACGUCGUUCGUUUGUUGCACAGCCGUCUGUUGCAUCCACUAUGCUACCACCUCAACACACCACCAGAGGUCAGGUUCAGACCAGGGGAAAGAAGAGACGAUUCGCCGAUAAACUCAUUCCUUCGCAGGUGCGUGAAUUAGUUCCGGAAUCUCAAGCCUAUAUGGAUUUAUUGGCAUUCGAACAGAAGUUAGAUGCGACAAUAACACGUAAAAGACUCGACAUUCAAGAAGCUUUAAAAAGACCACUCAAAGUUAAACGACGUCUUCGUAUUUACAUUUCGCAUACAUUCAUCGCUGGUAAAGAGCCUGAGAGAGAAGGUGAAGAAGGGACCGUGCCGAUGUGGGAGUUACGUGUUGAAGGGCGUUUGCUCGAUGAAACACCCUCUGGUGGUGGUGGUACCAAUGCGAACGUCGUAUCAACAGUGCCGAAUCGAAGUCAGCCACCAAAACGAAAAUUCAGUUCCUUUUUCAAAAGUCUCGUUAUUGAAUUGGACAAGGAUAUUUACGGACCAGACAAUCAUUUGGUUGAAUGGCAUCGUACACCGCAGACCAAUGAAACUGAUGGUUUCCAGGUGAAAAGGCCGGGCGAUCGAAAUGUGAAAUGUACGAUAUUGUUGUUGUUGGACUAUCAGCCGAUGAAAUUCAAAUUACAUCCUCGUUUAGCGAAGUUAUUAGGAAUGGCCACUGAAACACGUCCGAAAAUUAUCGAAGCAUUGUGGCAAUACAUAAAAACGCAUAAACUACAGGAUGCAGUGGACAGAGACAAUAUCAAUUGUGAUUCUUACUUGGAACAAGUGUUUGGAUGUAAGCGAAUGCGUUUCAUGGAGAUACCUCAGCGAUUACAAAGUCUUUUGCAUCAACCCGAUCCUUUAGUACUAACACACACUAUUCAGUACAAUGAAGGAAGUGAAAAGAACACUGCAUGUUAUGAUAUUGGUAUAUAUAUUUAUCAGAAAGUGCAACAGAAACGUGCUGAAUUAGAGAGUACAUUGGGUGUUAAGAAUAAUUAG